UUUAUCCUUUAAAGUGUCGUGUAGCCAAUAAUCAGUAGUACUUGUUCAAUAUCAUUUCAUUAAUUUAAUAAAUAAAUAAAUUGUUUUUAUUUACUUCUUUUUAACUAAAUAUAAAUUGCUGUACCUUUAUAUUCUGUGAUGUAAAUAAACUAAUACCACUAAGUUACUUUAUUAUUGUGCUUUAUUACAGUAAAAAGUUAGAAGAUCUUGACUUUCAAUUUUUUACUAUAUUUCACUUUGCACCAUGUCUUCACCACCUCCUACCAAACCCCCACGGGGUGUAAAACAAGGAAAAGAAACGAGUGGUCUGUUAAUGUCAGUCAUUCGCACAUUAUCUGCGAGUGAAACAAAUGAACAGCGAGAGAAAGAGAGAGCUAAAUUGGAGAAAGAAUAUAAGAAGAGUGAUGCUCGACUUGAUGAAUUGGUCGCUAUACAUGCACAAGAGAUCAUGGAUGUUAUGCAGAAGUUCAGCGCGGUGGGCACGGCGCUGCGCGCGUGGGGCGCGGCGGGCGGCGGCGCGGCGGCGCGGCUGGCGGCGUGCGGCGCGCUGCUGCGCGUGCGCCGCGACGACCUGCGCCGCCUGUGGGCCGCCGCGCGCGCGCACCACCACGCGCUGCGCAUGCUCACCGACAUCGAACGCGUGGUGGUGUCAGAGCGAGUGGUCCGCGCGGCGGCGGCGGCGGGCCGCGUGCUGGCCGCCGCGCACGCGCUGCGCGCUGCAUUGCACACGGCCGGCUCCACGCUCGCGCACGUGCACGCGCUGCACGCCACGCGCCAACAUCUGGAGGCCAAGAAGUUGGAACUAUCGGAGGCGGCGCUGCGCGCGGUGAGCGAGGCGGUGUACGGCGGCCGCGCGCCGCCACGCCGGCCCUCGGCGCGGCGCCGCGCCGCCCUGCUGCUCGCCGAGCUAACAAAAAGCGAAGAAGUAACCGACGCGUACCUGCAGGACAUAACGCCAGAGUUCGAGGCGUCCCUCUCGGAAGAGGAUAAAACGUUCGAGACCACAGUGAUGAUAUCGUUGGAGGCGCUCGGUGUACUCGACCAGUUGAAAGAGGCUACUGAGAAAUUCAAAGUUCAAAUACAAAACGAACUUCUCGAAGUGAUAGAUACGGUGUCGCGCCGUAUAAUUGAGGAAGGCGAUGUGGAAGCGGAUAUUGAGGGGGAAGAGGACGGCGAGAUACCGGACACUGAUAGUGUGACUGAGACGGGGCGACCGUUAGCGAGGCUCGUGACCAGCUUGAGCGAGGAGUUUCGAGCAUGCGCUGCUAGAAAUAAACGACUCCUGCAGCUGUGGCGGGCGGCGCUACAGAAGCAUCAUUUGUCGGACGCUAGCCUGCACACGGAGCAACACUACUGGAGCGCGGUGCAGCAAGUUCUGCAGCUACUGCUGACGGACUACUUGGACAUCGAGAGCGUGACUCUAGCUGAAGCUCGUGCGGCGCGAGGCGGGCGUGGUGCGGCGGCGGCGGCGGCGGCGGCGGCGGCGGCGGGGAAGGCGGUGGAAGCGCCUCCCGACCUACGCCUCGCCGACUACUUCGCACGCAAGCGGCCGCAGCGCCGCAGGCAGAAGCUGUUCAAACUGGAUGCAACGACCGAGGUUAGCGUGCGGGCGACGACACGCCGGCAGGCGCCCGUCGUGUGCCGCGCUGACCCGGCCCUGCUGCACGCAGCGCUGCCGCCGCUGCACGCGCUGUGCGCACACAUCGAGUCGCUCACUGGCGGCGGCGAGUGUUCGCUGCGCGCGUUCCUGGCGGACUACGUGCGGUGGUGCGAGAGCGCGCGGCUGGCGGCGGCCGCGCGCGCCGACAUCGACGCCGCGCUGCGCGCGCCGGCCGCGUGGCGCGAGCGCAGCGUCGCGGCCGGCGGCCGGCCCGUGUACGCGGGCUGCGGCCUCGCCUGGCGCGCCGUGCGCCGCGCGGCGCUGGCGGCGCGCCGCUGCGGCGCGUGCGGCGGCGCGGCGGCGGCGCGCGCCGCGCUGGCGGCCGCCGCGGCGCUGGCGGCGGCGUGCGGCGGCGCCGCGCCGCGCCUCGCCGCCGCGCUCGCGCCGCAGCCCGCGCCGGCCUCGCGCGCCGCGCGCUGGCUGGCCGACGACGACAUCGUGCGCUUCCUGCAGUCGCUGCCCAACUGGCGCGCCGCCACGCAGCAGCCGCGCGACCGCCGCGACCGGAUCGACGCGCAGGAGCUGCGGGAGGCGUACUCGCGCGAGGCGGACACGCUGGUGUCGACGCUGGGCGACGGCGCCGUCACGCGCCGCGAGAUCGUCGCCGACGUCGCCCAGCUCGCCGACAUCGCGCUGCUGGCCACCACCAUGGACUGGUUGUGUGCGAACGUGAAGACAAUACCGUCGCUAGUGAGCGGCCCGUCGCCCGGCGGCGGCGGCUCCGUCAAACUCAGCGACAAGUUCAUCAACGACGUCAACUCCACCGCCAUGAUCUUCGAGGAGAUAUCGCACAAGUGCUUGCUCUUCUUGCAUCUCGAGAUGCGCAUCGCGUGCGUGCACUACCUGGGGCAGGAGGAGCGCGGCGAGGAGGUCGGCGCGGACGACGGCGGCGACGAGCCGCGCGGCGGCGGCGCGGCGCGGCUUGCGCACGCGCUGCUUGCCUUCCACGAGCUCGCCGCGCCGCUGCUUGCGCCGCACAUGCUCGCCUACAUAAUGGAGGGCGUGGGCGAGAUGAUGUCGGCGGCGGUGGUGUGGCGCUGGCAGGGCGAGGGCGGCGGCGCGGCGGGCGGCGCGGCGGGCGCGCGGCUGGCCACGCUGCGGCACUGCCUCGCCGCGCUGCAGCUGCCGCACGACGGCCUGCACCGCGCGCACGCCUACCUGCACCUGCUGGCCUGCACGCCGCAGGAAAUAAUAACAUCGAUACGCGAGAAGGGCGCCCAGUUCACGGAGCUGCAGUACCUGAACGCGUUCAAGGUGAUCGGCACGCGGCAGGGGCUGUCGGCCGCGGACAUGCGCGCGCAGCAGGACCGCCUCGCCGCCGCGCUCGGACACGUCGGCGUCACCGUCUGAACCUCUCACGUGUCCCAGCGACCACAAUCAUUCGGAAAAUUAUAAUAAUAAUGUAAAAUUUAAUUUUAUAAAUAAAAAUUGCGUAUUAAAAUUUAUAUAUUCGAUGACUGACACAGUUGAUCUAUAAUUAUAUUAUAAUUAAAUUAAUUUAAAUAAAUUUAAAUUAUUUUAUAAUUGCUAGAAAGUAACAAUGUAUGCUUAUUUAAUAUGUCCACAUCAAUAACAAAUAUAUUCAUUGUUUCUUUAAUCUACUUAGUGAGCACGCUUAAUGUAU